GCUGAUGCACCUCGGCGAGUAAGGAAAUUGCGUGCGCCUUCACGCAUCGCUCAAGUUGAACAAAAGAUCGAUGGACUUGUAGCUAAGCUCGUCUGUGCACCUGAUAAUGACGCCGUGUCUGAUGCAGCACCCGGCCCACCGACUGUUUCUCCAAGGGCUAAGCACAGGACAGUCGCCCUGGAAAACUUGAUGCAACCUUCUAGGCCCACGAUUUCACAACCAAAAGCACGUGCAGAGCAAUGUGCCGAAGAUGCUGAAGUCGAUCGCCAGUAUCUCGAGGAUAUUCGAAAGAUUCAUCGACUUGAUGAGCAUCAAGGUGACAGCCAGGCCGCCGACGGCCCUUACAAACGACAUAGACGACCGGAAGAGUCUAUAGACGAUGAUCUUGUCAGAGACAUACUAGCUUCAGACGAAGCCGAGUUGUUGAUGAAAGAGUUUCGUCAGAUGGCGGUUACUUUCCCCUUUGUUGUAAUACCUCAACAUCUCUCUGGCACUGAACUGCAUGCGGAGAAGCCGAUGCUCUUUCUUGCGGUAAUAACAGUAGCCUCCUGGAGAAAUUAUUCACAGCAGAGGAAACUCGAUAAGGUUUAUCGCACAGAGCUUGCUCAUCGCACAAUCAUUAGUCCUCAAAAGACGCUUGGUCUAGUCCAAAGCAUCCUGGUGUAUCUUUCGUGGUACCACUUCAUUUUUAGCCACAAGACACAACAAAUUUUCUUUCUCCAUCACCUUAUGGUUGGAUUGACACUAGAUAUGGACUUGUACCACGAUUAUGAGCCACUGAACUCGACCCCACUACGACCCAAGCCUGCACCGCCACCAGCCAAAGAGCUGCGAGAGAGGCAAAGAACAUUUUUAGGCUGCUAUUAUCUUGCUUCCAUGGUGGGUGCAGCAUUCCAGAAGCCGAAUCUACUCAAGCACACACAUUUCAUGGCUGAAGCAGCCGAGAAUUUGAGGAAAGCUAGAGAGUAUGAAUCAGACGAAGCCAUAAGCCAUCUGAUAUCCUUGAGGAAAAUCGAGGAACAUAUACAAGACGCGCUUUUUCCAGCCGAUACGACGCGACAGUCAAUGUCGGAUGGACGUACGCUUAUGCACUUGCGCUCUAUAGAAGCUCAACUUGACGCGUGGAAGGCCUGGUCAUGUCAAGCUGCAUCGCAAAGACUACUCGAACUUUCCCUCUCGUUCAGUACAAUGCUAUUAUACGGUGUGGCACUUCGCCCACCCCAGCUUGACGACCCGGUCUCAUCCUCUUUGCUACAACUUGACUCGGUUUUCUCUGCGCUCGAAGCGGCAAAAAGAUUUCUGGAAAUCCUACUCUCGUUUCCGGCUGACGAAUACCAUGUCAUUUCGUUUUCCGAGUGGAUGCGUUUGCCAUCUGUUAUCUUGACGAUAGCCAGACUGUGCAUUCCCAAUGACGAGCAUGUAGCACGUGGCUGGGAUGUGCAAGCAGCCCACGAGCAGGUACGCCUCGAUCUUCGCCUUGAAGCUUUGUGCCAUCAAAUGCAAACUUUGUCAACGUACGACGAGGCAAAGCAGUCCCACACUGACUUCUGGCGGGGUAUGAGUUACAUCAUUGAUUUGACUAAGGAGUGGUACAUUCGGAAGAUAAAGCAACAAGUACCCACGCAGAAAGCUUCUGGACUUACUCCAGAGGAAACAUUGAAGGCGGGUACCCGCGACAUCUCAUGCCCGAUUCCCGCCAUGUUAGCAGCGUGCUCCUCGCAUCGAGCAGAUGGGCAGUGCAACAUACCGGCCAAUGUAACCUUGGAGUCUGAAGCCAGUGUGGAGCUGGGAGGUGAUACGAACAGGAACAGCGACCCGUUCGCGCUGAUGAGAAGUGCAGAUUUCGACCUCGAACCAUUCUUCGAUAUGGCCGGAGGCAUAUGGGGCGACGACAGCUACAACUGCUAUUCUGAUAUGGCUUUUGGCGGUGGGACGUUUUUCUAGCAUCUGCUAACGAAGAUCAGAUGAUUGGUCUAGCGCCGCGUACUAGACAAUGAGCCUUCUGAGUUUCGGCAUGUGCCAUGCAAAUCUUUUCGUGAGGAGAACUAGCGCAGCCCUAUGCUAGGUGUCGACUCUAGC